GUUUUUAGAUACCACCAUGUUCCAGCCAAACCCCGUGGUAAUGUUGGUGGAUUGAUGGAACAAUCAUUACCUAUGGCGGCCAUGUUCUUGAAGAAUAAACUCUUAUCGUGGUCAGCUUUGUUUUUAGCUAUCCAAUCAUAUUUAUCUGAACCAAAUAAUAAACCAGAUACUGAUGAACAAGCUAGACAACCACCUUUAUUAAGAGUAGUCUUUGCUUUGAUUGCUUUAGUAACUUGUUACAUUGAAUUUAUUUUCCCAUCAGCUAAUCCUCAAAUCAAGAGAACUGCUGCUGGUAAAGUUGCCGAAACUGUGUCAUCUAGUAUCGCAGCUGCUACU